AUGCGAGACGGUACUUGGAUCGCCAUUAAAGUGAUCGACUUGGAUCAUCGUUGUGGAAUGAAGGGCUUUCUUACCGAAUGUGAAAUCUUCAGAAACCUGAGGCAUCGAAACCUCGUGAAGAUCCUCAGUGCUUGUUCUACCAUGGAAUUCAAGGCACUAGUUUUUGAAUUCAUGGCGAACGGGAACUUGGAAACUUGGCUUCACAGAAGAUCAGAGCGUUGGCUAACUCUAAAGCAAAGAAUAGACAUAGCUUUAGAUGUUGGAGCUGCAAUGGAGUAUCUUCACCAUGGAUUGGAAACUCCUGUAGUUCACUGCGAUCUUAAGCCCAGCAAUGUUCUUUUAGAUGAAGAAAUGUGGGCCCAUGUUGCAGAUUUUGGGCUUGCAAAAUUGCUUCAACCACAAGCCCAUUCUGGAGACAUCACUAGUGGGCUAAAAGGAUCUAUCGGCUACAUUGCACCAGAGUACGCCUUUGGUGUUGGAAUAUCAACAAAAGGAGAUGUUUAUAGCUAUGGGAUUCUUCUUCUUAAAAUGCUCACCGGAAGAAGUCCAUUAGAGGAGAUAUUCAACGGAGAUAUGAACCUUCCAAGAUGGGUGGAACUUGCCAUUCCAAAUAUGGUGAUUAAUAUUUUGGAUGAGAGAUUGAAAGAACUUUCUUUUCAAACUAACAUAGUAGACUCUUUGGUAUCUAUUUUAAUUACGGGAUUGAGAUGUACAAGUGAGUCACCCGAUGAAAGACCAGAAAUGAAAGAGGUGUGA